CAAUCCAACACCAGAAUAGCGCAGGGUCAAGGAGGUUUUAAGGGAGAUACGAGAUAAGGGAGAUACAGCGAAUACCAGACUGAGACCGCCUGGUUUUGGAAUAAAAAUAAAAAAACGCUACCCUCCUUUUGCACUCUGUGAUGCUGUAUGAUUGUAUCUCAGAAUGGCUGACUAUGUGAAGCUGGAUGAGGAGAAGUUUAUCCCAAAGUCAGACAUCUUGUCUCUGCUCAGGACCUACAACUGUUACCACGAGGGGAAGAGCUUCCAACUCAGACACAGAGAGGAGGAGCAAGCACUGGUCAUCGAGGGGUUGUUGAAUAUCUACUGGGGUCUGCGGCGACCAAUCAGACUGCAGAUGCACGACGACAACGAGAGACUCCACUAUGGAGGAGUCAACAGGAAUGAGAGAUCCCAGGUUCUUCCAAAGCAGACAGAAUCUAACAACAACAUACUCGACAGAACUACUGACCCUGCCUUGACCAGUAGUCUGGAGGAGGACGAUGAGGAGGUCCCCCAGCUGCUGCGAACCAGGAGUGAUGCCUCCUUCAUGGGGGUCACCAGAAGGUCAAAGACACACGCACACUCCGACCUGCAGCACUUACGCUCACACAGAUUCUCCAUCAAUGGACACUUCUAUAACCACAAGACAUCAGUAUUUACUCCAGCGUUUGGGUCGGUCACUAACGUCCGAGUCAACAGCUCCAUGACAACACUACAGGUCCUCAACCUGCUGCUACAAAAGUUCAGAGUGGAGAAUAAAUCAGAUGAGUUUGUUCUCUACAUGGUCCAUGAGUCUGGUGAAAGAACCCCAUUGAAGGACAGUGCGUAUCCUCUGGUGUACCGUGUGCUUCAUGGACCCUGUGAGAAGAUCUCCAAAAUCUUUAUUAUGGAGACGGAUCUUGGGGAGGAGGUCACACAUGACGUGGCUCAGUACAUUAAUUUUGAGAUGCCAGUCCUGGAUAGCUUUGUAGAGAAACUGAAAGAGGAAGAGGAGAGAGAGAUUUCUAAACUGACCAGAAAGUACAGCGCACUGAAGUCCAUGAUUCUACAGCAGCUGGAGGGCAUCACUGACACUACUGACCGAGUCUGAGGGUGUGUGUGUGUGUGUGUGUGUGUGUGCGUGCGUGUUCACAGGACCAUUACACUGUUACAGUGAGAGGAAGUCAAGCAGAAUGUUUGAGCACUGAGACCUUUCUUCAUGUACAACUACAGUUGAACCAUAGCAUGUGUAGCUUUUUCUAGUAAUGAAAACUACAGACAUGAUGAAAGCUUUCUACCGUAGUGAAUGUAAUGUAAACAGCAAUAAGAAUGCAAUACUGCCACAUCUUGCAUCAAUGUUUGUCACUUCGCAAAUUAACUGUAUUCAUAGAAUUUGUAACUUUUUUGCUACUGUAUUGUCUAUGAUUGAAUACAUUCCAUUGAUCUUGUUGUUUACUAUUGUUGGUAAAAUACUGAUUCCUGUAUGUCUUAGAGGUCAAGGUCUUCUAAAACUGAGCUUUCCUCGAAAGGCAACAUUUCUGUCAAGGCCAAUUUCUAAUUUAGCCACUGUAACAGAUUAUAAGAGAGCUACAGGGCGUGCAGGCUUUUUUCCCCCAGCUCUGCACGUCUAACACACAUCUCCAGCACCAGAGUUGGAAACCCUGGCCUAAACUUGUGUUCACAUAAGUAUGCUGCAGGGUUAGCAGACCUGUAAGGCCCAUACUGUAUUUUACCACACAGAUAAAACACACACACACCUCAUUGUUCUCCCACAGAAAGGGGUAGAGUUGUUUCCAGGGUGACUGAAGCAGAGUUAGUAUUGUUCUGAGAGUGAGUGACCCUCUCCACCUGUGUGUGUGUGUGUGUGUGUGUGUUAGAGAGAAAGUAUUGGCUAGCCCAUCAGGGUUAUACAGCAGGGGGGUGGGGAUAAUAUAUAUUUUCACACACACAAACACAAAGCAUUUCACUGUAUGUAAAAAAGACAGGAGAGUUUUAGUUUGCAAUUAUAUACAGUUGAAAAAAUA